AUGGUGCGCCACGCGCUUCAGGUGACAUGUGAGCACUGGACCAGUUACAGCGCAGCGCAGGCAGAGAGCAGCAGGGAGCAUGCCCAGGACUUCUGGAGACGGGAGACUGGAGCGGACGAUGCGCUAGCGUGUGGCGCUCUUCUCGAAAGUUACGGGGUACUUAGCCGCUAUUCAUCACCCAAAUUCCCAAAUCCUACCAAGCCCAAGCCCAAGCCUCGACACCGACACCUCAAAAACCCCUUUCUCAAAACGACACCAGCUCCUGAUACUGGAUCUGAUAUUGAUCCUCACAACAACAACAAGCGGCUUCAUUCAAAGGCCAAGAGGAUAGUGAAGAAGGCAGAAGCAACGAGAGCACCCGAAUAA